CUCACCUUCAGCCCGCGUUUAUUUUUGAACAAAAAUUCCCUUCUUCCAAAUUCUCGAAUUUGGGACUCUAUCUUCCAACCCUCAUCCUCAAGCUCCUUACUCGUUACAGCUGAUGUCGUUUCGAGGAUCUACCCUUCGCUACAACGUGAAUGUUGUUAUGGAUGUCAAAGAGCUCAAGUGUAUGCCUUGGUCAGGCAUUAACAGUUUGAAGAGGCAAUAUUGCGUCUCUUUUCCAUCUUCAAACCGUUGCAGGACAGCUUUGGGUUGUGGCUCUGUAAGGGGGAAACCAGUUCGAUUUGUAACUAGUCAACCAUGGAUUAAAGUGCGAAGCCCUGCAGCACUUUUUGGACAAGCUUCUGAGCUGUUAUCAAUAAGAGCCUGUAAAGUGAAAAAAGGUGACGAUGAUGCUGAGGGAAACUUGAGUGGUGAAAGCAUAAUGUUGGAUGAGGAAAUCCUUAAGCGGGAACUACAGAUUGCCGUAGAGGAGGAAGACUAUGCUGAAGCAGCGAAAAUUAGAGACAGUCUUCGUAUGUUCGAAGAAGAUACCCAAACGUCUGUUCUGGGAGCAAAUGCUCGGUUUUAUGAUGCAUUCAAGCAUGGUGAUCUUGCUGCCAUGCAAGGCCUGUGGGCAAAAGGGGAUAACGUAUGUUGUGUGCAUCCAGGGGCGAGUGGGAUAUCUGGCUAUGACUCUGUUAUGGAAAGUUGGGAGGUUGUGUGGAUGAAUUAUGAUUUUCCACUAGCGAUUGAGUUGAAAGAUGUUCGAGUUCAUGUUCGAGGGAAUGUAGGUUAUGUUACAUGCGUAGAAUUUGUUAGGACGAAAGGUAGCAGUUGGGGUGGACAGUUUGUAACAAAUGUGUUUGAGAAGAUCAAUGGUGAGUGGUUUAUCUGUAUUCAUCAUGCAUCAGCUAUUGAUUUGUGAACACAUUAAUUCACGCCAUAUAGUAUCAUUGUUGUAUUA